AUGUGUACUGGCUAUAUUGAUCUCCGCUGCGAGACAGAAUUGUAGGGGUUACUGACGCUGUAGCGUCCCAAUGCUUGACGGAAAUCAGUCGUAAAGUUCUGCUCCAUCGAGACCUCGUGUUUUGGCAGUUUCUCACAUUUGCGCCCUUCCACUUGUGUGCAUGUCGAGAGUUACUUCUACACCCUUUCCGUCCCUAACAAUGAGUUCCAAUCGAACUGAAGAUGCAACGUCUACGGUGAGCCUCAAGAAGUGACCCUACUGCGUAUAGCACUGACACCAUUGUGGCAGAACGAUGUUGGCAUGGAUUCCUAUGCCGCGUAUUCUAUGUCGGCGAAUGGCGCUAAUGACCACUUCCGCAACAUUCUCGAACCGCGAGGACUAGGUCUUCACAACGUCCGGAGCUUCUCGAGCCGCGAUAUCAAAAAUUUCGCCUUCAUUGAUCCUCCGAGGCAAAUCUUCGUCUUCUUUGACAAUGACAAGGGCGUCGACGUAUUAUUGGACAUGGACCCCACGAGCAGCACUGAUGGGCCGGGACCCGUAGUCUGCAUCCGAUACAAGGAUCUGCCAAACACCGCCAUCUUGAACCCGCCGCUGUUCUUUUUUGGAGAGAGCGGCAGUGUUGGCAUUGCCUAUGCUGACGCAAUUGACGGACGGUACGCAUCUCUGCGAAUGGGACAAGAGGCAUUGGGCUGGGAUAAGAAAGACCUCCUAUUGCACAUCGUGGUAAGUAAAUCAUUGACCUCCUUGGGUAGUACUCAAUCUCGAACUGUGACACGUGCUCACAGU